GCGGUCGUCGAGGGCAGGGGCAGCCGCCGUGCGGGCAUUGUGGUGGGCAGUAGUAGUCGGUGUCGUUCACGCUCUCUCACUCACUCUUUCAUUCUCCUCGUAGAGAGAGAGACAUAUAUAAUUACAACGACAAACAAACUAUCGUUGCCGCUCGUCAGUUCGUCAACGAUUGACGGAUUUUUAAAAAAAAUUUUUUUUUUUAUUUUUCAACGGGUCGGCCGGCCCCCCGCUUCAUGCGAUAUCGCGGCCCUCACAAGGGCAGCGCAGUGCAGCGGCAGCCGCGGCUGAGGCUGCUCAGGCGGCGGCUACGGCAGCAGCAGCAGCAGGAGCAGCAGCAGGAGCAGCGGUGGUGGCGGCGAAGGUGCCCGCAGCAGUUGGGGCGUGAUGGGCGGGCGCCCCUGACGGAUCUCGUACUCCCUAUCGUCACCCUCAUCUCCGCCGCUGCUACCGCUGGUGUUGCUCCUCUCGCAGCAGCAGCUGCAGCAGCAGCAACAGCAGCAGCUGCUCCUGCUAGGGCUGCUGCGGCAGUAGUGGCAGCAGCAGCAGCAACAGGAGCAGCAGCUGCUCCUGCUAGGGCUGCAGCAGCAGCAACAGCAGCAGCAAGAUGACGUACGGCAGCAGGCCGACCCUGCGGUUGUCCGAGAAGUUCGUGCUGCUGCUCAUCGUGAGCGCCUUCAUCACGCUGUGCUUCGGCGCGAUAUUCUUCUUGCCCGACUCCAGGCAGCAGCAACAGUUGAAGCAACAACAACAACAGCAGCAGCAACAGAGGCAACAGCAGCAGCAGCAGCAGGGCACGUUCGUGCCAGGCGGGGAGGCUGCUGUUGCUGUUGAUGGUGGCGGCGGUGGUGGUGGGGUUGGUGGAGCAGGAGGAGAUGGGAGAGGGCAGGACGCGUCGGCGGCCGCAUCGUCCCCUGUCCGAGCCGUGCGCCUCCAACACGAGCGGGCACUGGAGGAGGCUCGCAGCGUCCUUCGCCGGAGCAGAGAGGGCAUCCUGAGCGACAUCCAGACGCAGAAGAACAACAUCCUGCGGGAGAACAAGGCCAAGACGAAGGCUGCUGCGGCUGCUGCGGCUGCUGCGGCCGGAGCUGCCGCUGGAGUGAAAGUGCCCGACGUCAGGAUGCCUCGCCUGGUGGGAGCCACGGGGGGAGAGCCGAAGGACCCCGCGACGAGGGAGAAGAGGGAAGCCAUCAAGCAGAUGAUGAAGCAUGCGUGGAACAACUACAAGCAGUACGCCUGGGGUGCCAAUGAGCUGAAGCCUAUUGCCAAGAAGAGCCACACCACCAACAUAUUCGGCAACACGCAAAUGGGAGCCACGAUCGUCGAUGCCCUGGACACGUUGUACAUCAUGGAGCUGCACGACGAGUUCCAGGAGGCCAAGGAAUGGGUGGAGAAGAACCUCAACUUUAAUGUGAAUGCAGAGGUGUCCGUGUUUGAAGUGAACAUCAGGUUUGUGGGAGGACUGCUUGCUGCAUAUUACCUGUCCGGGGAAGAGGUGUUCAAGAUCCGUGCCGUGGAGCUGGCCGAAAAGCUUCUGCCUGCCUUCAGGACGCCAACGGGCAUCCCAUGGGCCCUCCUCAACCUCAAGAGCGGGGUGGGGCGCAACUGGAACUGGGCGUCGUCAGGAUGCAGCAUCCUGGCCGAGUUCGGCACCUUGCACCUGGAGUUUGCUCACCUGAGCUACCUGACCGGGGACUCCUCUUACAUUGACCUGGUGAUGAAGAUCCGUGGGAUCCUGCAGAAGAUGGACCGUCCCAAUGGGCUCUACCCCAACUACCUCCACCCACGCACAGGACGCUGGGGCCAAUUCCACUCGUCCGUGGGCGGCCUGGGCGACAGCUUCUACGAAUACUUGCUCAAGGCCUGGAUCAUGUCUGACAAGAAGGACACGGAGGCGCGCAAGAUGUACGACGACGCCAUCGAGGGCAUUGAGCGGCACCUGGUGCGCAAGUCUGAGGGCGGCCUCACCUACAUUGGCGAGUGGAAGAACGGCCACCUGGAAAAGAAGAUGGGACACCUGACGUGUUUUGCGGGCGGCAUGUUCGCGCUGGGCGCCGACGGCUCGCCGGGCGACAAGGCGGGCCACUUCCUGGAGCUGGGCGCCAAGAUAGCGCACACGUGCCACGAGUCGUACGCUCGCACGGCUCUGAAGCUCGGACCGGAGGCGUUCAAAUUCGACGGCGGUGCAGAGGCGGUGGCUGUGCGCCAGAACGAGAAGUACUACAUCCUGCGGCCCGAGGUUCUGGAGACGUACUGGUACAUGUGGAGGUUCACGCACGACCCCAAGUACCGACAGUGGGGCUGGGAGGCAGCGCAGGCCAUCGAGCAGCACUGCAAGGUGUCGGGAGGCUACUCGGGGGUCAAGGACGUGUACUCGGGGUCGCCCAUGCACGACGACGUCCAGCAGAGCUUCUUCCUGGCCGAGACCCUCAAGUACCUCUACCUGCUGUUCUCCGAAGAUGACCUGCUGCCGCUGGAUCACUGGGUGCUGAACACCGAGGCUCACCCGCUCCCCGUGCUGCACCCCCCCAACGCCACGGCGGGCGCCACCGCCCCUCACCGCGCCGCAGCGCCCGUGCUGUGAGCGCCGUGCCGUGAACCGCCGCUACCCCCCCCUACCCUCGACCCGCGCGUCGGCCAGCGCUCCGAGGAUUGGACAGGAACACGAGGGCCUGGCUCUCUCCCACCACCGACCCCUCCCACCCCCCCCCCCCACCACCACCACGACGAGUCGACGCGACUCCCCAAGCGACGAGGAGAGAGCGAGAGACAAUGAGAGGAACGCGCCGGACCGCGACGUCGUGUGGAUUUAAACGGCGGGCCAAGCGGCACGCAAAGCGGAUUACGAUUUUUUGUGUUUCCUUCCCCCCCCCCUCUUUAGAGUUUGCGUUAGAUUUUGGGGAUGGUGGUGGUGGGGUUGGGGGGGGGUGGUGAUGGUUAUUUCCUGUCUCAUGUCUGUCCGGCGAUUGUGGGUUAACGAAAAGGGUGGGGUGGGGGGGCACGUUUUUCGUGGCGUUUACUGCAGCGGGCAGUGCGUGCCGCUGCUGCCUGCCAUCGUACACACACACACACACAGGCAGAUUGACCUCCAUGCCACAUACACACACACACACCCCUUUCGUUUUUCUCUCCCCGUGUACAGUUUAUUAGGGAUUAUGGUAUUAAUGCACUCAACAUUGCACACACGGACCGUAGAGGUCUUAAUCUUUCAAAGGAUAAAUAACCUCUUUGUCAGUUAUUAAUGAAAUUAAAAUGUAGAGUGACAUUGUCGAAAACAUUGGAAGUUCGUUAAGCUCUGUGUACAGUACUUGAGCGGAGUAUUACAGUGUAGUGGUGUACUUAACGCUUGAGUAUAUUAAGCAUUUUGGAUUCGUGUGGAAUGGACUGGUUGUGUGUCUGUGUGUGCGUGGUGAGGCCUGCGCACAAGUCUUGCAGGUUCAAAUGCCUCAAUAUUGGCAUCAAGCAAAACCCACGUUGAAAAUAUAUCGAAGUCAACUUUGUCCUUGAUAUUUUUUUGUUGAUGAUGAUGAUUAUUAUCAUUGAUGAUGAGCGGGACCAGCGCGAGAACCUCACUUGUGAUUCUAAACACCCGUCCACUUACCUCCCGUAAUGAAACGGUGACGCGGCGGGAGACACGUUCACAAACACGGCCCCUUGGAAUUUCCGCUACUUCCGUGCACAAAUCGACGGGCCAAAAACAAACGACGAGUAAUUCACUAAAACGUCUGUGGCCUGGUUAAUACGGUGACUUUUUUUGUUUGCCUGGCCUCUCGCCCGCGAGGGAGUGAGCGAGCGCCGUGCUCGGCUUGCACGCCGAAGUCCACACCAGGAUUGGAACGUCGUCAUCGUCGUCGUCGUCGUCAGGAAAUCAAGCCAACAGUGCAGCCACUGCGCAACGCGUUUCCCUUCGUAACGGGACAUCGUUGAGAUUUUUUUUUUUACACCGUUACUGUAAAAGACUAAAUGUCGAUGGCCGUCAAACCGGUUGCAAAGUGUCAAACGUAUAUCGGGACGUUACUUCUUUAUACUUUUCUUCCGCUCUGCGUUGGCGACAUUCCUCGCGAAGAAAAAUAAAUCCCCGUCGAAAUCAAAAACGGCAUGGGAACAAAUGGCGGGUGAAUCGUGAUCCCUCGCAGUGGCAUAAUAAUCCAAGGUCACGAUUAAAGAAACGUCGCUUCGUGUUUUUUCCCUUUCCCCCCUUUUCGUUCUUAACCUCAGUGGAGGGGUGUGGUGGGGACUUUGGGCCAACGCUCAGACAAGCGGGACAUGUCGAGGGAGAAGAGUUGUGACUUACAUUGCUGUUGAGCCCCGGCUUGCUCCAGCCCGGCUAAUCGUUGCCUGCCAAGCGAUACGAGAAAGGGUCGAACGGUUGCUGCUUUGUAAACGUGAAAACGUGCCUCUCUUAACCUGGCGUAUCGUCAAGCGGGGGGAGGUGGGGGGGCGUGGACCCUCUGUAUUGUUGCAAUGCGGUGCAACGCUCGCGGUUGUGUGCUCUACGGGCAGAAUAGGGCGUCGUCGUAAGUUGAAGGCUUGUGUGCGCGGAAAUUGACGACGUCUGGCGGGGAACGGGGUGAGCGUACAAAGCGAAACCCACAUUCGGUCCGGUUUCAGCAGCAGCAGCAGCAGCAGCUGCCCAGCGGAGCCAAAAUGGCAGGCAAGGAGCUUGCAGAUCGCACAACCCUCCGUGUGAGAAGAUUUUUUUAGUUUUACUACUACUACUACGUCACACGAUAACUUCACAUUCUUUUAUGGUGCCAGCCGCUCAAGCCCCCCCGGAUAUUGACGGCGUCAAUCUCCUCAUUUCCCUUUUAUCGCUGCGUACACGUGCAAGACAAUGUGAACUUUAAUAACGUCGAUUGCAAGAGAUUGGACUCUGGUUGACGGGUAUCAGCCGUCGGUGUUCUUUCCAAUCAAAUGUUGUUUUAACGCGGGCGCUGUUGCGGGAUAAGAGACGCGUCCUGUCGUCGCUGCUGCUCGUUAGUUUCGUGAGUUGGGAAGUCUUCCCGUUCAGCACGCAAUUCUUGGGAGGUCGUCGUUUUGCCUUUUUAGUCGCGCGGUUGGUUCAAGCGCCAAUCGCGUGGGGUUUGUUGUUGUUUCUACUUGGCGGGCUCGAAGGCAGAUUGAGGGGACCGUGUGCGUCUCAAGUUCUGUCUUUCAUACGACACGUGGUGUGGCCUCUCCUCCCUUUCCGCGUCACCCCGCCAAGCUAUUCUUGCUGUACACUGCGUUGUUUUCCCCACGUGUGCGAUAGUCACCUUCGAGAGUCGCUGCUCCUGGUGGGUCCUGGCCUCGUGCCGUGUUGUGCUCCUUAAACAAAUUUUUUUUCUAUAAAAAAAUCCCAGGAGAAUGUUAUCUAUCCGGUAUUUCCGUAAUAUUAUUUGCAGAUAUUUUCGCUUCACAUCGUGGGGGUAUGGGGGGGGGGAAUUUAAAACAUUUCCAAUGUAAUUGGGGCAUUUUUACACAAUCCGUACGUUACGUUCUAGCCUAUUCUCAACGUGGAAUUCCAUAUUUUUUAAAAUCCUUUAUAUUAAGUUCGCGUGCUUGCUUGCGUGCGUGCGUGCUUGCUUGCUUGCGUGCUUGCUUGCUUACGACCGUGCAAAUCUUUCGGUCGUUUUUUAACCCACUUCCCGUGAUCUAAUCGAGCUGACAUUUUCCACACAGACUCGUUGUGCCAGACAAUUAUUGUUCGUGAAAAAAAAUUCCCAAAAUUUUACACUUUUUAGGCAAAAAAAAAUUUAUUUUACAUAUAUUCAAAUAGAACUCAUUCAUGGCUUUGGCUGAACGUCACAGUAUAAGAGCCCAGAGCGUAACCCCUCCACAGGCCGUGGUGGAGUAGCGCAGUUGGUAGCGCCCUCGCUUCCCAUGCCAAAGGUCGCGGGAUCGAUCCCCGCGUCCUCCACAGGCGAAUAUAUUUUUAAAUCCUUUAUAUUAAGUUCGCUGCCACGCAUAUAAAGGAUUUAUAGUGAAAAAUUUAGUUUUUACGGGUGAUACUUAUUACUUUUCGUAACGUGCGUUUUAAAAAAAAAGAGUGAAAUGCGUGUGCACUCUUGAGCAAAGGGAAAGGACCUCGCGUUCUGCCAGCAAAAACACAUUUCAAAACCCAUUUGCUGUAGUUAUUUGCCGCAAACAGCAGAGCCGCCACCGCCUCGUGUGAUUGGGUGACGCCACAGGGUCCAAAUCUGACCCCGGUGGUAAAGCCAGUCCCUCUAUUCUCUAAAUGCUUUCCGCCAAAGUGACAGCGUUGGUCCGGUGAUGAGAAUUGAGCUCCCAGCCUCUCGCUCAGCCGCGCCCGUUGCGUGUUCCCUGGCGCUGAUGAGAAUUGUUUCUGUGCAGGGGUUACCAACACCGAUGUGUUGUCCCUAACGUGCACGGGAUUUUUUUCUUCUUUUUUUUUUUUUACCUCGUGGAGUGCAAAGACGGCUGGGAUGGCGGACGGAGGGAGCGACAUUUGGAGGGAACACCGCUCCCGGUCCUCUGGCGCGUUACGCUGUGAAAAUAAAUAAAUAAACAUGACCCCGCGGUGCCACGUGCUGACCCCUUUCAAUGAUGGCGAGCCCAGAUUUUGCGGAGCGUGUUUGAUGGUCUGGGGGGGGGGGGGACAGUGUGGAAUCACGUGACGCAACCGCGGGGGGUGUGGGGGGGGGGCAGCUUACGUGCGUGCGCGUGCCUUGGGACCGCUUGCGAUUUUGAUCCAUUUACAGGAGCAAAAACGAAAUAUAUAUCAAAUAAAAGACACGCUGCGAUGAAACACGUCGCCCACGUUAAAGCAUAAUAAUUAAGAAACAUUACAUGAACGCUCACGUCUUUUUUUUUAUCACCACCACCAAUUAAUGAACUGUCCGCAUCAAAGAGGGUUGGGGAGGGGGGUAGUGACGGCAUCGCCUGACCGCUCAGCGCCCCGGGAUAUGCACGAGCGGAGCGAUGACACUGGAGGUUGGGGGGAGGGGGGGUACCCUGGGGGGUACUCUUUUAAUGAUCAGCGCGAAAUCCAAUUGGGGGGGCAUUUGGUGCUGCUUUUAUAUCGGCACCAAAUUCAUUAGCGGGCGUGGGGUGGUGGUGACUCCACGUGUUUUUGCGGCAGUCUGUAGCACAAAUGCUGUUUACUUUUCACUCUGUUGUGUUGUCAUGUUGACCAUCAUCUCCCCCCCCAACCCAACCCACUCCCCAAGAAGGAAUAACGGGAUCGAUCGAACGAAUGACGGAGGGGAAAAUCCUGACUGGGAUUCGAACUUAUAACUUGAUCAUCGGGAAACCUUUGUUGGUUUACAGCCUAAACUAUCGUGACCAUCGUGUAUAAAUGUACGCAAUGUACUGCAAGCACUGCAUAUUUAACAGAUACUCAAUGAUUAUCCGUAUGCUGUGGCUAGUAGUGAAUCUCGCGAGGCUACAGUGGUAAUUGUGUGUCUGUAUAUGAUGCGUGGUGGAGCCAGUUCUUGCAAUAUCAGUUCUCUCAUUUUGUGCCCUUUAAAAAAAAAAUAACAAUCACCGACCCCUUUAAUUUAUCAUAUUGCUAGCUGGAGCUGUACAAGAUGAACAUUGCAAUUUGUAUAAACACGUUGGUGUCGGCGAUUUCGUUAGCUUGUUUAUUGAUUAUGUUUAUGGUUUUUCUCAAUGUAGGAAAUUGUAGUCUCGAUUAUAAUUAGUUUUUUUUUUGUUCUCUUUUGAUGCUCGUAAUUGUUUUUUUUUCACCCCACUCGUGUCUUGGGGUGAUUUACAAAGAUGUGUUUCGUCUAAAAAAAAAAACAUGCUGUGUAUGAGAUUGUCUUUUUUUUGUAACGGCACCGUCGUCCAAACAGUACAGGUCGUCGAUGAUUUUUUGUUUGUCGUCGUUUAACGUUUCAUUGACCCCCCCCCCCGCCCGCCACUUCAUUGCAGCAAUGAAGGAAAAUGAAGGGGGGUCGGUGGGAGCGUUGACUUAGCAAAAACAAACAACACAAAACGCCCUAUGCCCCGGUUGUUUCAUUGUGAUUUUUGUUGUUUUACAAAUCUGAUCUUCGUUAAAUCUUGACUUCGUUGUUUGACCCCCCUCCCUCCCUCCCCCGCUUGUGAAAUUCGUGGUAGGGUCUCUGUACAAGAUUCCCAGAUGGUCGGGGUGGAAGGGGCGGUGGCGGGGGGGGGGGGGUUUAAUGAAUUAAUUUCUAUGUGCAACACGUGUGGUACGAAGUCGUGUUUUAUGAAAUUCAAAUCCAUUCGGUGCUGUUCCUCGCACAGGCUUAUUUCUCAUUUCCCGUCGACGUGACAUUGAAUGGCGCCCCCGUUUUGUAUUUUUUCCUGCGCGCUGUGUCAUUUCGUUUCCAAUGCUUUGAACGAUUGGCUCCCGCCUUCCAUAUAAAUAUUCUCAAUGCGCCCUUUGGGGCGGGGGUGGGAGGUAGAUCGCUUAAGAAGGACGCGGCGGCAACUGCAGGCAUCCGCGCGGAUGGUUACACGCGGCGACGGAAACCUUCCGUGACCGUGGACUCACCUGGUAGAUCCGCCAACUCUUAGUCCUUGCAGCCCCUCAACUCCCCCCCCCCCCCCCCCAAAAACCCCAUUUCCCACAGCAGCCAAUCUUCUCAAUUCUCCGGUACAAAUCGAUCCUUCGAUACGCUCGCCAUCAAUUGACGUAUGAAUUUGGGUGAAACGCAUCAUUCGCGGGGCGCCGAUUGAUCGGUGCACGUGGGUAAAGCUUGUGUCUGGGGAACACGAGGAAGGUGGAGUUUUGAGAACGGCUGUUGUGCGAUUUUUUUUUUGCGUGAAAUUCAUUUCCCCGAGCCUGCAGCAGCCACCGCCGGGUUAACCCAGACGGAGAUUGCAAGCUUACAAUGAGCACUUUUAUUUUGUGUAAAUUGCGUCAAUCCAGGCAUUGACGGUGAGCCGGCAUAUGCUCUUUUCAGUUUGAAACCUGCAAUUAGAUUUCUGGGCUCGGCUGCGAAAUGCAAAAGUGAACGUGCUGGCUUGUAGCGUUGACAGGGCUUUCGUUCUUGGAAUGCGGUCCCCUCCUCCUCGUGUUCCUUACCACGCUUGUUGUGACCCAAGUGCAGGCGAAAGCAAGUCCUGGUUGUCCUCUCCUUACGAUAGAGAUGCGUUACGACGGUCCCCAUCGUAAUUCAAAAAUAUCGUAAGUCGGACCAUCGUAACUGGGGGACUGUCUGCACUGUAGUUUCAAUUUCAAGGAUGUCAAAGCGUGUGCACACCUGACGUGGGUAAAAAUACCUCCCCGGACAGCAUCGUUACCCCACAACAGGACUCAUCCCACACCUCUGGCUGCCUUCAUAGCAGGCUCUCGGCCAAUCUCGAUGCGUUUUGCGGUUUUUUACCGCGUGAUGUUCGGCACUACGUCAGACGUUUCGUAUCACGUGUUGAGAGCUUGUUAAGGAGCUGGAUUGAGCAGCGUCAUUAUCGGGCAUUGGUGGUGGCUGCUGUUGGUGUCUUUUUUUCUUCCCUGGGGUUUGAAGCCGAUUGCCAUAUCAAGUAGCGCGCGGUACGGACCCGAAAACACAUCGGGACAGCUGGUUACAGGCACAACCGCGAAAACCCUACGCCAGGGGUCGGCAACCUACGGCUCCGGAGCCGCAUGCGGCUCUUUACAGGCUGCUUCUUGACGAUAUGUACAGUAUGUACUCAGAUGCAUUGCGGCUCUUGAAAUACUGAAUUUUGUACCGAAUUGGAAAGAAAUGGCUCUUCUUGUUAUUUUGGUUGCCGACCCCUGCCCUACGCCCUACCCAGUGCUACUUCAGCCAUCGUGUCCACAACGUGUCACCGGCUCCCGGCACACUCGGCAUCCCGGACACGCCAUCGGUGGUCUAAACUUGGAAGUAAAUGAGGUGCCCUAUCGGGACACAUCUCACUUCAAAGAGGGGCCCGGCCCGGCCGUGGUUGCGAACGCGCGAUUUGACGGCCGCCGCCGUGUGGACGCGAAAGCCGCGGCGAGUCUUCGGUGGGAAUAAUUGGUUGGCCACGCAGACCGAAUUCCCUGCGCGCACGUGUUUGAUCAUGUUUGAUGAACAAUGUAUUUCUGCCCCCCCCCCCCAACCUCCUCUCCUCCCACCUCCUCCACUAUCGCGCGGAAGAUGACCGAGGGCGCCUUGCCCCGCUCGGCAUUAUUGUGGCGGAGGAGGGGGGGGGGGGGGGAGUUGGUUUACCACCGCAGGCCCGUCCAUGCGUAAUGCUGCAACAUUUGCAUUCGAGACGGCGGAGGGGGGGGGGGUAUAAAUGCGUUUCGGACGGCUGUGCGAGGCAGGGGAGCUCGCCGAGGUAAUCUCCAGGGGUUGUGCAAGUGAAAAAAGGCUCGCUCGGGCAGGACUGCUUGACAAGAACCGUUCGCGUUCGAGCCCCCCCCUUCAACGUCACGGCGGCGUGCAUGCAGCAUUCCCGUUGAAAGCCCUUCUUUGAAUGCGCAUUGGGGACCGCGCGGACGGGGAGUGCACGUGGGUCCACGUGGCGGCCACGUGCUCGUCCCCUGGGGGGGUUGGCGGCGGUUGUGGUGGUUGUGGUAGUUGUGAUAGUGGCAGUGGUGCCGGGUUGUCCCUAGGGGUCCCGUGGGCCAUCGAGCUCUGCGUGACCUUUUCCGCUCGGUCACGCGUGUCGCUCCGCUCUCUGUAGCUGUGAAUUUUGCCUAACGGAGCGACACGCAAGACGAAUGGAAACAUGGGACACGAGUGGCUGUGCGUGUCUCUAUAUCUCCUGGUGUGUGUGUGUGUUCUUGUAUGUGUGGUUCUAUGUCUCUAUCCAAGUUGUGUUUGGGUCUCAUAUAUCUGUGUGUGGGUAUGUUCCUCUCUCUCUCCUGGUGUGUGUAUCUCCUUAUGUGUGCGCGUGUGUGUGUUGAAAUGUCUAUCUUCUGGUCUGUGUCUCAUAUCUGUGUGUGUGGACAUUAUCUCUCUCCUGGGAUGCGCUUGUGUGUGUGUCUGUGCGGAGCGGUUUGCGCGGUGUAGCGCGCUGCGCUACGAACCCGGCGACCCGAGUUCGCAUCCCGCUCACGCCAAGAUCAGUGACGAUUAUCGGAACCGGUCAUGGGCCUCCCCUACGUCGACUCAGCCUCAAAUUAGUACCUAGUGUGUAAACAUCGCCACUUGGGGGGGUGAGGGGGGACAAAAGGCGACCGGGCGUGGUGCUGUGCCACCUACCCCCUUCGUGUGCCGUUCCGGCCUUCAUAGGUGCUCGCUAACAGCACUUGCCCCAACAGUAUGUUAAGGCUAUACGGGGGAUCUUUGUCUUUGUUGUCUCUCAACACCGCAACUACCACCAACCCAACCCUAUGUUAGCGCUAUCACAGAGUCCAUUUUGCCACGGUGCACUUUCUGUGUUGUUCGUGCCGUUAAGGAGCACGUCUUAGGAGAAGUUGAGAAAGAAG